UUGAUUUAGAUUACUGUCAAAUCUCCCAGCAUCAUUCACAUCUCUUCACCUGCAGCAUACUGAAUACGUGAUUAUAGUAUUCACACAGAGCUGUAGUCUUCUUGGAACUAUAUCAAGAUCAUCAUCAAUAUACAAACAUGAACGGCCUGCUCAUCCUGGGUGUAUUGCUGUUUAUCCCAGGGCAAAGUGAUGCUAACAGAAUGACUCAACCCACCCUUGGAUCUAAUGGCAAUCAAUCCACGUAUCGUUUAUCAACAGCAACCUCCCCUGGUUCCAGAAGCAAGGCUGAAAGUGUAUCUCAGCCUGCCAUCAGCUCUGCCUCCACUACCAGCAUCACCACCACCACCACCACCACCACUGUGAAGACACCAACAACCACCCAUAGUGUUUUUCAAAAAUUCAAAGCUGAAUGCCGUGAUCUGUACAUACUGUCUGGCGUACUGUUAUUAAACUGCGUUCUUUUUAUGAUAUUGACACUGAUACUGCUGUGCAAGGUGUGCAAGUUGAAGAGACGUCUGAGAACCGAUGGCGAACCUGUCAGCAACGACGAGUACUGGAUGGGGACUGAGAAUAAGGCCAAAAGCAAGCCUGACUCUGAGAGAGCAGCCAAAGAGACCACCAUGUUAAUGGCUGAGGUAACUCCAGCACAAGGGGAGACAAAUAACGGCACCAUCAAGGAAGACAGUGAGAAGGUAAAGGAGGAUGAGAAAACACCAGAGGAGAAGGCGGUGGGAGAUGCAGCCAACAGUGAGGAGGCUUCAGCUACACCUGUAACUGCAGCUGAAGAUUCACCCUCCCCCAACCCACAGGCGGCCACCGAAGCCCAGCUCAGCCAAGCUGUGGAAGCAGCCUCCUCUGAGGGCAAAGAGGAAGGUGAUGCAGAAAAGAAAUAGAAGAUUCCUAUCUCAUUCCUAAGAUUCCCACCACUUCUAAAUACUCGGGUUUUAUGGAUCUUACACUGUGUGUUUCGUACUAUGAGUAGCUCAUGAAAUAAUUCCCCCUAUUUGUGUUCUUAUACAGCCUACAUCACUCUUUUUAUAUAAGAAGCUUAAUAUAUGAACAUUUUGUUUUCUUUGCCAAAGGAUGUGAUGUGGAGUUUUGUGUAUAGCUGCCCUUAUUUCACUUUGGCUUUAAAUCCUUUAACUGUAAUUUUUUUCUCCAGACAGAUUUCAAUUUGAUAAUCAACCAGCUGUGUGUAUUCUAAGCUUGUCAACCAUUUUAUUACUGGGAAAACAAUAGAGUGAUGUUGCUUCCAAUUCUUGUGUGUGAAAAUUAAAAUAUUUUAACAUUA